UGAUUAUUUCUCGUUCCUUAAAAAUAAUAAAGAAAAAAGAACACAACAUUCAACAGAUGGCAUCCAAAGGCACCUAAAUUCCUCUUAAAAAAAAUUAAGUACCCUAAAAUUCCUAAAUGGAUCUUUGGAUCUUGGAAAGAUAGAAACCUUUGAAGCAAAGCUUGACGAGCUGGUUGGUGGUUGCCUUGCUAAAAUAUCUCAGGGUCAUGAACCUUCAUAUAUUUACCUUAAUUUUUUUAGCUUGCAGAGUCUGUGGCUGGCUCUCCCUUGUACAUCAUAGCUCAAAAGCUAGAACUAAAAUGCUAACUUUGAAUCUCACCCUAUCUUCUCCCGUCACUUUCUCCAAAUCCAUCCACCAUAAGUGCCCCAUAAAUGCUUCAUCCCCCCUAAAUCCAAAUAUUUCCGGCAGAGCUCAAAAUCAAAUUACUCUCUUUAAUAAACCCACCUCUCAAAUUGGUUCAUUUGCCACUAAAGUCUCAAACUUUGGCGAAAUCCAUGGCUACCCGCUUGGCCUCUUUUCAAGAUUCACUUACCAGAUCUCUGAUUUCAACAGGGUUCAUGAGAAUCCAUCUGGGUUUUGCUCGAAAUCCAGAUCUUAUGUUGCUAAAGCAGCAGAAUCUGAAUCGGAAUCAAGCCCAGAAGGAGAAGCUGGUGCGGUUUCGAAGCCUAAAGAUAAAACUCUCCAGCUUGCACUUGUAUUUGGUCUUUGGUACUUCCAGAAUAUUGUCUUCAACAUUUACAACAAGAAAGCAUUGAAUGUGUUUCCUUUCCCAUGGUUUCUAGCUUCCUUCCAGCUUUUUGUUGGGUCUAUUUGGAUGCUCAUCCUAUGGUCAUUAAAGCUCCAGCCAUGCCCGAAGAUCUCAAAACCAUUCAUUAUUGCUCUUCUUGGACCUGCUUUGUUUCACACUAUCGGACACAUAUCAGCCUGUGUUUCAUUCUCUAAGGUUGCUGUUUCUUUCACUCAUGUCAUCAAAUCAUCAGAACCUGUUUUCUCUGUUAUAUUCUCUUCAAUUCUCGGUGAUACAUACCCUUUAAAAGUCUGGCUCUCCAUCCUCCCGAUCGUUCUUGGUUGUUCCCUUGCUGCCAUUACUGAAGUGUCGUUCAAUUUCGAAGGCUUGUGGGGUGCUUUGAUUAGCAAUGUUGGUUUUGUGUUCAGGAACAUUUACUCAAAAAAGAGUUUGCAGAGCUUCAAGGAAGUUAAUGGACUUAACUUGUAUGGUUGGAUUAGUAUACUCUCAUUAUUUUAUUUGUUUCCUGUUGCGGUUGUUGUUGAAGGGUCUCAAUGGAUUCAAGGGUACCAUAAGGCGAUUGAAGCUGUUGGCAAAUCAUCAACAUUUUAUAUAUGGGUGAUGGUAUCUGGUAACUUUUAUCAUCUCUAUAACCAAUCUUCUUAUCAGGCGCUUGACGACAUUAGCCCCUUAACCUUUUCCGUUGGUAACACAAUGAAGAGAGUGGUGGUGAUUGUGGCUACUGUCUUGGCGUUUAGAAAUCCAGUUAGGCCUUUGAAUGCAGUUGGAUCAGCCAUUGCCAUAUUGGGGACUUUCCUAUACUCUCAGGCAUCUGCUAAGAAAGCCAACAAAACUGAAGGUGAAAAGAAGAGUUAGAUAGAUUUAGAUCGUCCAUUUAUACAUCUUGAUGAUUUUGGGCUUGAUAUCUCUUGCAUUUCUCUUUGUUUACUUUGUGACAGUUGAGGAUAUUUCAUUGCUAUCUUAAUCUUAUAAUCCUUGCUUCUA